AUGACUAUCAUAUCCACCAUCGAAGAUGAAAACCUUCGUCGCAAAUCGCACUUCGAAAAUUCUGGAAACGUUGCCACGACAUACCUGGCAUCACAAUUUCACCUGUGGUGGAACGCUCCACCAUGGCUGUUCAACGAUGACGAGUACACGGCUAAGGUACAAAACUCUGAAACUAGUUUCAAUUUUUCAGACCAUCAUGCACAAGACGAAUUAAGGACCACAGCCAUGCUCACUCGUGAGAAGAUGGACAACUCAUUUUCAGCGUUCGACGACCUUGUUGAACGCGUAUCAUCCUGGCAGAAGCUGGUACAUACCGUGGGCUAUGUUCUACGCUUUAUCCGACGACUGAAGAAGACACGAAACCGAGCGGAGUCAACCACACUGUCUUUUGAGGAGAUCAAGGCAGCACGACUUGUAUGCCUGAGAAACGCACAGGCGUGCUUUGGAGAAGAUCGAAUGCUUCUCCAGACGAAUCAACCACUGCGAAACAGGUCGCAAUUAUCAAAGCUUGCACCGUUUAUUGGUUCGGAUGACCUACUACGAGUUGGCGGGCGCUUGAGACAAUCUAAACUACCGGAAGAAGUCAAACACCCGAUACUGCUGCCGAAGGCUCACCGCAUUACGAAGCUGCUCUUGGAACACGAACACUGGGUAAACUUGCACCCAGGUACAUCGGCACUCUUUGUAAUAACUCGUCAACGUUAUUGGAUUAUUGGUGCACGAAAUCUGAUAAGAAAGGUCACUCACAACUGUAUCAGAUGCUUCCGUCAAAGGCAUCAUACUACGCACCAACUCAUGGCCGAUUUGCCAAGUAUCCGAAUAACACAAUCGCUUCCCUUUGUCAACUCUGGAUGUGAUUACGCUGGACCAAUAGUUCUUAAGGAUCGAAAGGGUCGCAACGCUAAGAAGUCAAAGGGAUACAUAUGCCUUUUUGUGUGCCUCGUCACUUCGGCACUACAUCUGGAACUCGCUACUGACCUUAGCACAGAGGCAUUUCUAGCAGCCCUCAGAAGAUUCAUGUCUCUACGAGGAAAAUGUGCACAGAUCUACAGUGACAACGGUAGGAACUUUGUCGGAGCAAAGCGAGCACUGGAUGAGAUGCAACAACUUCUGGCAUCUACAAAUCACAGAGACCUGGUCUCACAGACUUUGGCAGACGAAGGCAUUCACUGGGUUUUCAUUCCACCGUAUGCACCUCACUGGGGAGGAAAAUGGGAGUCCUCCGUUCGAUCAGUCAAGCUGCAUCUGCGCCGCAUCAUUGGCAACACUAUCCUGACGUUCGAGCAGAUGCACACCUUACUAGCUCAAAUCAGUGCAGUGGUAAACUCGAGACCAUUGUACUAUACACCGGACACCGAUGUCACAUAUCUAUCUCCAGCACAUCUGUUGAUAGGCAGAUCAUUUACAACCAUUCCUGAAGGGGACCUGAGCCACAUCCCUGAAAAUCGACUUGACUACUGGCAAGGCGUUCAAGCACUCUACCAAGGAUUCUGGAAGCGCUGGCACCAGGAAUACCUUACUACGCUACAACAACGUCCCAAAUGGGAAACAUCGCAGCCGAAUGUGGAAUUGGGAACCGUCGUCCUCAUCAAGGAUUCGAAUACUCCACCAGCUUCCUGGCCACUGGCAAAGGUUAUCGCAACGUACCCUGGAGCUGACGAAACGAUGUUUCAGGGCGGGCCGGGAUGUUGA